AUGUCAAGCGUACAUUCAAAAUCAUUUGAUGGGGAUCUUACUUUGCAUCGAAGUGUCGAAUAUUACGAUGAUUCCAUAAAUAGUCCUGGGUUGCCAUUCAAUUACUUGGCUCCAUCACAAGUCAGAGGGUCUACAUUUAUAAUGGAUUCUAACAUCUCCACUAUUAAUAACAUCAAAGUUAUCUGUCGAUUUCGACCUGAAAAUGAAAAGGAACUACAAAAGGGUAAACUGAUUGUUGAAUUUCCAAACACUCAAACUGUGACAUUAUAUGGGAAGGAUUACACAACCCAUUAUUCCUUUGACAGAGUGUUUUCCCCUGAAGCAAGUCAAUUGGAUAUCUAUCAAUUUUCUAUUGCUGAAACAGUGGACGAUUUAAUAAAUGGAUACAAUGGUACUGUCUUGGCAUAUGGUCAAACUGGGUCAGGUAAAUCGUAUACCAUGUUGGGUGCAUCACAAUUGCUGGAUCCUAAUUCAAAAGGUAUUAUACCUAGAAUAUCGCAUGAAAUAUUUGAGAGGAUUUCUGCCAAUGAAUCAGUAUCAUCUGAGGUUGAAUAUUCUGUGUGUGUUUCAUUCAUGGAAAUUCAUAUGGAGCAAAUUCGAGAUUUGAUUGAUGUCGUCAAUAAUGAAUUUGAUCACAAGUUUACUAUACAUGAAGAUAAACUGAAUGGUAUAUAUGUGAAGGGACUAGCUACCAGACUGGUUACCAAUGAAUUGGAACUAUUAAAUAUACUUUCUGAAGGGUUAAAAUAUCGGUCUAUAUCGUCGACUCAAAUGAAUGAAGAAAGUUCACGGUCACAUACAAUUUUCCAAAUUAAAUUAACUCAAAAGCAUAUGGAGACAGAAGUGAUUAAACGAUCAAACUUAUUUCUUGUUGAUCUUGCUGGUAGUGAAAAAGUUGACAAGACCGGUGCCCAAGGUCAAACAUUGGAAGAAGCAAAAAAAAUCAAUUCAUCAUUAUCGGCAUUGGGUAAUGUUAUAAAUGCCUUAACUGAUGGGAAAUCAACUCAUAUUCCAUAUAGGGAUUCCAAAUUGACUCGUAUUCUACAGGAAUCCAUUGGUGGUAAUUCAAGAACUUCAUUAAUUAUCAAUUGUUCACCAUCAUCAUUCAAUGAGUUAGAAACUUUAUCGACCCUUCGAUUUGGUACUAGAGCCAAAUCAAUUAAGAAUAGUGCCCAUGUAAACACUGAAUUAAGUACUGCAUCUUUGAAGAAUCGAAUUACUCAAUUGGAAAAGAUGAAUCAAAGCAAUCAAGCUUAUAUUAAGCAAUUGGAAGAUGAAUUAUCAUCGUACCGUUCAGAACCUCAUUCAUCACCACUGAUGUUCUCAAUGAUGAGAAAUAGUACUGCCACCACAACUAGUAUUGCCACUUCUUUGGCCACUAAACCCAGCACAUUCCAAUCUCGAUUACCAAUACCAUCUACAGUGUCAAUUAUAUCGUCACCACCACCUAGUCUUGCGAGAAAUAGUCAUAUGAGUGAUGAAUUAGAUCGUCGUGAUAAAAAAAUUGAAGAAUUGGAGAAUGUGAUAUUGAAUUUGAAGAUGCAAAAUUUGAAAACUUCUCAUCAAGAAGAAAGUAAAUUAUUUUCAUUGGAAAAUUCUUUGCAAAAUAUCAGUAAUAAGUUGAAUGAAGUUGAAUUGGUUAAUAUUAAUUUAAGGAAACAUUUAUUAAUUAGUGAAAAGAUUAUUGAGAGUAGAGAUAAUAAAAUCAAUAAAUUGAAAUUAUCUUUAAAAGAACAACAAUUAUUAAUUUCUCGUGAGACGUUAGGAUUUAGAAAUAGAUUAGGAGAAAUUCAACUGAAAUUAGAAGAUUUGAAUAAAUAUAAAGAAGAAGAAAUGAGUAUUAAACGAGAAACAUUAUUAUUACAACGUCAACAAAGUAUUGGUGGAGUUAGCAGUGCUGGCACUGGUACUGGAUUUGGAGGUGGACUAGACAUUAUGCAAAGGUCUGGUACAACUUCUACUGAUGAUAUUCAAAGUAUAUCGGCAUUUAAACCUGAUCCAGAAUUAAUUGACAAUAUGUAUGAUGAUGGCAGAAGUGAAAUAGAAGAAGAUAAUCAACAUCAUCAAUAUCAACAACAACAGCAACAACAACAACACUUUGAUGGUGCUAGUCAUAACCAUGAUGAUGAAGAGGAAGAAGAAGGAGGAGAAGAUCAUUCUAAUACAUUAAUCAAUAGAAGUUCUGAUAGUCAAAUAUCCAAAAAUGGUUCAUUGAGAUUGGGUAAUGAUAUAGAUAAAGAAUCACUUCAAGAAGGUUUCUCAAUCUAUUCAUCCAAAAAAUUAGAUGAUGAAUAUGAUGGCAAGCCACCACUAUCACAACCACCAUCACAGCAACAAAGAUUAGCAGCUAGUGCUAGUUUUGGAAAUUAUAAGAAUGGACAUAAUGGUAUUUUGAAUUUCCAACAAGAAUAUCUUUCAAUCAAUGAAUUUUUAAAAGAAAGUAGAAGAAGAUCUUUAAUGAUUGCUAAUCCAACUACUAAUUUCACACCAUCAACUAUUCCAUCACCAGCACAACAACCUCGUAUAUUAUCAGAUGUCGAUAGUUCAGAUACUUCAGGAAUGUUUGGUAGUGGUAAUAGUAAUGGUGGUGGUGAUGAUGGCACUACAUCAUUAUCAAAAUCACAAAAACAUAAACGUAAUCAUAGUUCUGGAGGGUUAAAUUUGAAAAUUGUUAAACCAUUAAAAUCAGCUGCUUCUUUAGGAAUUUUCUAA